GUAUCUAAACAUGGCGGACACGGAUGAGCCGGAGAAGAAAAGAAGGAGAGUAGUGGAGCUGACUGAGAAGUUAGUGAUGAGUUGGUAGAACUGGCGGAAGGUUUGAGGUUACUAGACAGGAGGAAGGUUAACGUUAGCUAGCUGAGGAAGCUAAUCUAAUACUGAUUGUAAACAAAAAAUAAAAUUAACUAGUCUACGUACAAAACUACUGGCUAGCUGAGCGUGAGCAGCUAACACGUUUGUGCAGUAAUUGAUGUGUGUUAUCAUUCACCUCUAUUUCAAAGUUAGAGGUCUUUACUGCACGUUCUCACUGUUGUCAUGUUGGCUAUUCGCCUAGCCUAGCAACUAGGGGCUGUCCAGGCAAGAGAGUUGGAAAACCAAAUGCCAUAGGGUCACAAGCGCCCACUUGUCAGAUAUUAAAUGUUACCAUUUUUUCCUGGAGGGGUCAAACGUAUUAUAUCGUAUGGGUUACAUAUGUUAGAGAGGAGACACUGACACCGUGCAGGCAUCAAAACACAAGAUGGUGGUGGAUGGAGGCAAUGGACACACCUGUGAGUGGGAGGGACGAUGGAACCAUAUCAAAAAGUUUCUGGAAAGAUCGGGGCCUUUCACGCAUCCUGACUUUGAACCAAGUGCAGAGUCAAUGCAGUUUAUGUUAGAAACCUGCAAAAUCCUGGUGAUUGGUGCUGGUGGUCUGGGAUGUGAACUGCUGAAAGACCUGGCUUUAUCGGGCUUUCGCAAAAUCCAUGUUGUUGACAUGGACACCAUUGAUGUUUCUAACCUGAAUCGACAGUUCCUUUUCAGGCCAAAAGAUGUAGGUCUACCCAAGGCGGACGUUGCAGCUGAUUUUAUCAACAGCCGAAUACCUGGAUGCUGUGUAGUCCCUCAUUUUAUGAAAAUUCAAGACCUAGAUGAAACAUUCUACAGACAAUUCCACAUAAUUGUCUGUGGACUGGACUCUGUAGUUGCCAGGAGAUGGAUGAAUGGUAUGCUGCUGUCUCUGCUGGUGUAUGAGGAUGGUGUCUUGGAUCCAGGUUCCAUCAUUCCUUUAAUUGAUGGCGGGACCGAAGGCUUUAAAGGCAAUGCCAGAGUCAUUCUCCCUGGGAUGACUGCCUGCAUCGAGUGCACCCUUGAGCUUUAUCCUCCUCAGAUCAACUUCCCCAUGUGUACAAUAGCCUCCAUGCCUCGUUUGCCAGAGCAUUGCAUUGAGUAUGUCCGGAUGCUGCUGUGGCCCAAAGAGACACCCUUUGGAGAUGGCGUGGCCCUGGAUGGAGAUGACCCGGAGCACAUCCUUUGGGUGUACCAGAGAUCUAUGGAGAGGGCAGCAGAGUUCAACAUAACAGGAGUCACAUACAGACUAACCCAGGGUGUUGUUAAGAGGAUAAUCCCUGCUGUAGCGUCUACAAAUGCUGUUAUUGCUGCUGCUUGUGCAACCGAGGUUUUCAAAAUAGCAUCAAGUGCCUAUAUACCACUCAAUAACUACAUGGUCUUCAAUGAUGUUGACGGCCUGUACACAUACACUUUUGAGGCAGAACGGAAGGAAAACUGUUCAGCCUGCAGCCAAGUACCUCUGGAUUUGCGCUUUGCUCCAUCUUCCAAACUCCAGGAGGUGCUUGAUUACCUGACUGAGAGUUCUUCCCUACAAAUGAAAUCACCUGCUAUAACAGUAACAGUGGAAGGAAAGAACAAGACAUUAUAUUUACAGUCUGUCGCUUCAAUUGAACAGAGGACACGACCAAAUCUCCUAAAAACUCUAAAGGAGCUGGGGCUGACUGACGGACAAGAGCUGGCUGUAGCUGAUGUCACCACACCCCAGACCAUGUUGUUCAGACUCUGCUUUACCUCAUAAGAUGAACUCAAGCACUCCCACAACCAGUUGAUGUCAUUCUUGUUUCUUGGCCAACUAUGACAGGAUGCAGGAUAUUUAAAUUACCUGGAGUGGUUUACAGUGUAUUCAGUCACUGUAUAAAUAAUUAUACAGUAGGCAAUUUUAUUGUUUUAUUGUACUUAUCGACUGAAGUUCAUGUUUUGCACUGAAAAGCCAAAUCAUAGUUCACACCUUUUCAUGUUUUGUGAUACAUUAUCUGCAAAUGUUAAAGUUUUCUGCGUUAAGGUGUUACCUGCAUUACAACCUAAAAGCGUUCUCUGUGCAGACAAAGAGACAAGCAGUGGUUACUCUGGAAAAGAUUAUUCUGUACUUUUUCUGGUUUUGAAUAUUUUAAAUAUUUAUUUAUUCACAUAGUUUUUUAGUUGCAGUAACCACUAAAGUGGCAAUGAACAGACACUGAUUAUGAUGGAUGUAUGAA